CGCGCCGCGCUACCGGUCAGAUCUUAAAAGGCCGGGCAGUGCGUGUGGCAUCCCGACAGAACAGGAGAGGAGCAAGUGGCAGCGGUGGGUGUUGGGAGCGUGGCUGUCACUGCGCUGGAGCAUCUCUGAGCUUCUGAACAGAGCCGACUAGUCAACAGUGCAGCAGCCGCAACUCCACGCCGCUCUCAUCUGUCUCGUGUCUCCGCUCAGCCGAUCCUCCGAGACUCCGCACAAAGCACAUUUUCCAAAGCAGCGCAAGGGAGCGCCCAGCCGCGUGCAGGCGGACGCACCCUUCCUGUCCUUUGUUCCGGGGGGAUCUGCUGCUGCUCUUCUCCCCAAGUCGGAGUCUUUCCUCCAGGGGUGGCGGGUCGCCGAAUACAGCUACGAAGAUGCCUUUGGAACUGACCCAGAGCCGGGUACAGAAGAUCUGGGUGCCCGUCGAUCACCGACCCUCGUUGCCCAGAUCCUGUGGGCCGAAGCUGACCAACUCCCCAACCGUGAUUGUGAUGGUGGGGCUCCCAGCCCGGGGUAAGACUUACAUCUCCAAGAAGCUGACUCGCUACCUCAACUGGAUAGGUGUUCCAACGAAAGUGUUCAAUGUGGGAGAGUAUCGGCGCGAGGCUGUGAAGCAGUACAGCUCUUACAACUUCUUCCGCCCUGACAAUGAGGAAGCCAUGAGAGUCCGAAAACAGUGUGCCUUAGCUGCCCUGAGAGAUGUCAAAAGUUACCUGACAAAGGAAGGCGGACAGAUUGCAGUUUUUGAUGCCACCAAUACAACUAGAGAAAGGAGGCACAUGAUCCUUCAUUUUGCCAAAGAAAAUGACUUCAAGGUGUUUUUCAUCGAGUCAGUCUGUGAUGACCCUACUGUCGUGGCCUCCAACAUCAUGGAAGUUAAAAUCUCCAGCCCGGAUUACAAGGACUGCAACUCAGCAGAAGCCAUGGACGACUUCAUGAAGAGAAUCAGUUGUUAUGAAGCCAGCUACCAGCCUCUUGACCCUGAUAAAUGUGACAGGGACUUGUCACUCAUCAAAGUGAUUGAUGUUGGCCGGAGGUUCUUGGUGAACAGAGUGCAGGACCACAUCCAGAGCCGAAUUGUGUACUACCUGAUGAACAUCCACGUGCAGCCCCGUACCAUCUACCUGUGUCGGCAUGGCGAGAAUGAGUUCAACUUGCAGGGCAAGAUUGGGGGCGACUCAGGCCUGUCCAGCAGAGGCAAGAAGUUCGCCAACGCCCUGAGCAAGUUCGUGGAAGAACAGAAUCUGAAGGACCUCCGGGUGUGGACCAGCCAGCUGAAAAGUACCAUCCAGACCGCGGAGGCCCUGAGGCUCCCCUACGAGCAGUGGAAGGCGCUCAACGAGAUCGAUGCUGGUGUGUGUGAGGAACUAACCUAUGAGGAGAUCAGAGAUACCUACCCUGAGGAGUACGCACUGCGUGAACAGGACAAAUACUACUACCGCUAUCCCACGGGCGAGUCCUACCAGGAUCUUGUCCAACGCCUAGAGCCUGUGAUCAUGGAAUUAGAGCGCCAAGAGAAUGUAUUGGUCAUCUGUCACCAGGCUGUCCUACGCUGCCUACUGGCCUACUUCCUCGACAAGAGUGCAGAGGAGAUGCCAUACCUGAAGUGUCCGCUCCACACCGUCCUGAAACUGACACCUGUGGCUUAUGGGUGCCGUGUGGAGUCCAUUUACUUGAAUGUAGAAUCGGUGAGCACGCACCGGGAGAGAUCAGAGGAUGCAAAGAAGGGACCUAACCCGCUCAUGAGACGCAAUAGUGUCACCCCACUAGCCAGCCCCGAGCCCACCAAAAAGCCUCGCAUCAACAGCUUUGAGGAGCGUGUGGCUUCCACUUCUGCUGCCCUGCCAAGCUGCCUGCCCCCGGAAGUGCCCACGCAGCUGCCCGGACAAGUCAGUGAUCCUGCUUUAAUUACAGCCUACAGGGGAGAGUGCAGAGGGAAGAGGAUGCCCGUAUCUGGGGUUCUGUGUUGUGUUUGCAAGUGAGAAUGAGCGCCUGUGUUCAAGUGGGCUGCAUGUGCGAUGUGCAGCGGGCGAGGUUUGCAGCUGUCUAGUGUACUUACGUACAAACGUGCAGCAGGCAGAACAUAGGAUGCUCUCUGGAAUCUUUCCUCGUCAGCAGCGACUGUGUGCCUCCUUCCCGAGGUUGUGGUCCUUAUUCUUUAUCGAGCUGAAUCAGGCAGAGUGAAAGACAUUAUAAAAUGCC